AUGGAGGACGCGCCGCCGCCAUCUCCGACGACUCCUGCUGAGUCUGCCGCCGGAUCCCCGGUGGAUCGCCGGUCCUGCAACCCUCGCCGCGGCCUGACACGCUCCCGGUCCCGAUCCCACUCCUCCUCCAGCUCCGCCUCCCCCUCGCCCCGAUCCUCCGCCGUACCAUUCUCCUGGGAGCAGCGCCCUGGAAUCCCGAAGCCUCUCUCCGCUGUCCUCCCGGCAACCGCCGACUCCGCCGUUGCUCAUCCCCUCCUCCCCCUCCCGCCCCCGGUCCGCACCCACUCCGAUCUGAUCCCCACUCCGCGCAAGAAGCGCUCCGCCGCCUCCGGCCGGGGUGAGGCUGCCUCCGCCGACCCCUUCGCCGCCGCGCUCGCCCUCUGCGCCAAGGGCGCCCUUCCCGCCAACGACGACAACGUGGACGACGAGCUCUGUGACGUGGCCGACGCCGCCGCCUCCUCGCGUCGAUCGGCGGCAACCGUUACCCAUCGCUUCCGGAUCUUGGACUUCUACGGCUCCUGCAAAGCGACGUGCGCGGUGGUGGAUGCGACGGUCCGCCUCCCUCGGUCUGGUUCGUUGGGUUUGCUCAGCCGCCGGUCCUGA